AUGAAGAAUCACGCUUGUCAGCAUCCCAGUUGCACCAAAAGUUUCACCCGCGCCGAGCAUCUGCGUCGACAUGCGCUUAAUCACGAACAGCCGCGACAUGGAUUCACCUGUGAGCGCUGCUCUGUGCAUUUUCAGCGACCAGAUUUGCUAGAACGGCAUAUGGAACGGCAUAAUAAACGAGACGCGGAGGCAGGUGGACCGGGACUCGGUGUAUUGAAGACACGCAAACGAACCCGGAGAGCUGGCGACGGAACCAUUGUUGUGCGUCCAUCGCAACGAGAGAUUCGAUCGGCCGUAAGAUCUUCAAUCUCAAUUGCUAGUUCAGAUCGGGGGUGGACGGAGGGAGAAGAGGACUUCACCAAUCAUGCUCCUCUAUCACCUCCUGGUUCUGGGACAGAUCUUACCACGCUCUCAAUCGACGAGAAUGAUCCUUUCCUGGCUCCCAUGAUGCCUGGAGGGCCUUUUGAGCCGUAUGUUGAGCCUGUUCCUGGACAAUUUGAUGCAGCCGACGGUUCAUUUAAUGUUGGCGAUGGCAUGGGUGAUUUGUUUGGUAUGGACACAGCGACCGAUUUCAAUCUACCAUUUGCUGCAACUUGCAAUUAUAAUUGGCUAUUCGACGUCGCCUCUCUAGAUGACGCCUUUCACCAUUUUGACUUUCCAUUGGGAUUCGAAACGGGUCCAUUUGCGGAUAGCAUGGAACAAGUCCAGGCGCAAAAUUUGGGCAAAAACGAUGGUCCAUCUGCUUUAUUGGAGGUAGCUUCGAUGAUGGACAGGAUUCAAACGUUACAAGAAACGCUGCCUUCGGUUGGACCAGAUUUGGUAGAGAUGGACUGGAUGACUGGAUCGUCUUAUCUGGGGUCGAAUCCGCCUCAACACUUACCACGGCUUUCAGAAGAUGCCAGAACGGGUAUUUUGUCUAUAGUAGCUCAAACGCACCCCAUGGGUAUUGAUGGGCAGCCGAUGGCUCUGAAUUCGCCAUUACUUACAUUGAGCGCGUUGCAAAACUAUUGCGAUCUAUUCUUCACCCGCUUCAAUGUUACAUACCCCCUGGUUCAUCAGCAAACCUUCAACCCAAGCACCUCCGAUCCAAUUUUGCUUGCAGCCAUUCUGUUCAUGGGUGCCACUUACGGCUCACGCGAAGCACACCAGCUGGCAGUAGGAGUUCAUGACAACCUCCGAAUCCAACUUCUGGGGCAUCCAGGCUUUUCGCCCCAGCCUGAUCUCUGGGUCUUGCAAACCAUGCUCCUUAUUGACUGUUUUGGAAAAAUGAGAGCGGGUCCAAAGCAGCGGGAGAAUGCUCAACUCUUCCACUGCGUCCUCAUCAAACUUAUCCGUCGCAGCACUUGCUGUAGCAUUCAAGACUCACCCCUAGCUCAGUCGGAUGAUCUGGAGCAUGCAUGGAGACAAACCAUGAACCUCGAGCAGAGGAAGCGUCUGGCCAUGCAUUGCUUUAUGUGGGAUACUCAGCACGCAGUUCUAUUCUCGCAGUCCUUGUGUAUGUCCGCUUUCGAGAUCAGAUCAUCAUUGCCAUGCAGUAGUGCCGCAUGGGAGGCAUCAUCAGCUCGGGAGUGGGCCAAUAUAGCCGCUCGUGAAACAAAUCGGCCUUUUCUCACGGUCCUCAAGGGUUAUAUCACUCCGGGAGCUCUACCGCGUCCUCGCGACCUGAAUGUGUUUGCUCGCUCGGUGAUUUUGCACGGCUUAAUGUCCGUAUCAGCCGAUCUGAAACGCCGGGAUCAGACCACGCUUCGAUCAGAGACCCCAGAAAAAGUCGGAGCCUGGAUCCCUCGCAUGAGCCGGUCAUAUGAUCUCUGGAAAGUAGACUUUGACGCGGAUUGUUUGUCCAUGAAAUUAGCUCAGACAGCCGAUCAACGCCGCUUCACCGGACUGAAAGUGGCGUCACAUGCUCUUUACCAUGCGGCGUGUCUUGCUUUGAAUGUCGAGAUUUUAGAUUUGCAGAUCGUUGCUGGUGCAACCAAUAUUCUCGGGCGGACUGUGACCGCAGCGGAUCAGUCGCGAUCUCAGCGCAAUAUUCUUCGCUGGCUACACGAAGAUUCGGGUGCAUCUUGGGCUGCAGCGCGGCAUUCCUCGAGCCUACUUCAGGAUGCUGUACUUAGUCUUCAUGACUGGGACCAGACGGAUGCUUUUCAUUUCCCUUGGUGUUUGUACCUGACCACGUUGACUUGCUGGGUAUUCCAUCGUGGAAUGGAUCUUUCUUGCUCAGAACCUCGGAUUACUACGGAUUUGUCUUCAUUGAUUGUGAUGAUGACCAAUUGUCCGAGCGAGACGGAGUUGGCUGCGUUAUCCGGGAAGUAUGAUCCUAAGCCAUUGGCAGCAGCCAUGGCACAACAGUUGGCAACGGUUCGGUGGGCAGUAGUGCACGAUGCAAUGAAGGUUCUUCUAAGCUUGUCAUAA